AUGAUAUUUGGUUUAUUAGAAAUUCCUUUACUAGAUGACGCAUUAAAUUAUAUUAAGAAAGUAACAUUUGAUUUAUUUUUAUAUAGAAAAUUAGAAUUCGAUGAUAAAUUAUAUACAAAUGACGAAAUUAACAAACCAAAUAAGAGAUCUAUAAAAACAAAAAUUAUUAAAAUUUCUGAACUUAAAAAAAUAAUGAAACCAGGUGAUAUGAUAGAAUUUGAAAGUUACAUAUUAGGAUUAAAAACAUAUGGACAUUGGGGAAUUUUUCUUGGUAUAAAAGAAAACCAAUAUAUAUUAAUACAUAUGGCUAGAGAGUUAAUUAAAAAAAAUGUUCCUAGCUAUUGGAAUCAAUUUACAAAUAUAUUUCAACAGAAUGAUGGUCAAAUGUCAAUACAUUUAACUAAUUUAGAAAAUGCUGCAUUUUCUGAUCAAACUGGAAGAAUUAAUAAUUAUUUAGACAAUGAAAAAACUCCAAAUUCUGCCAAAUAUAUAAGAGAAAUUGCUGCUAAAGCAUUAAAAAAAGAAAUAGAUUAUUGUCUCAUUACAAAUAAUUGUGAACAUUUUGUAACUGAGUUACGUUACAAUGAAAAAAUUAGUUUACAAUCUAAACCAAUUCAAGUAAUAAUAACAAUUUAUAAAAUAGUAACAGAUUUUUCAUACAAAUAUCUAUAUUAUAAAAUUUAA